AUGACAAAAUACCACAAUUAUUUGUUGCGGAAUAAAAAUAAUUAUCGAUUUGUGGUAAAACAAUUAAAUCAAAUACGUUCCGUGGCAACAAAUCCCAAUCAUCCUCUCUCUGAAACCUCACCAAAGUCAUCAUUCUCCGAACAAUGGCAACUGGCCAAUCCGUAUGAAGAAAUUCCAACAUUGGGAUCUUUUGAAAUGUUCAGAAAUUUUUUACCAGGUGGUAAAUUUGUUAAUCUGGACCUUACGGAUAUGAUAAUGACACUUCGAUCCGAAUUGGGUCCGAUAUGUAAAAUGAAGGGUGUAUUUGGUCGUCCUGAUAUGGUAAUCACACAUAAUCCCAUCGAUUUUGAAACUUUGCUACGGAAUGAAAGUGUAUGGCCUAAUCGUCCUGGCUCGGAUGGCUUAAGUUAUCAUCGUCGUGUACAUCGUGCGGAUUUCUUUCAGGGUGUUGAAGGAUUAAUUGCGUCACAAGGCGAACAAUGGGGUACAUUUCGAUCAAAAGUAAAUCCAGUAUUACUGCAACCUAAAAAUGUACGUCUCUAUUUGGAUAAGAUAUCUCAAGUCAAUAAGGAAUUUAUAAAAAGAAUCAUUGAAAUUCGAGACCCAAAAUCCCACGAGGUCCCCAGUAAUUUCGAAGAAGAACUUAACCUGUGGUCUUUAGAGUCAGUAUCAAUUGUGGCCUUGGAUCAAAAAUUGGGAUUACUAAGUGAAAAUCGUUCAAAUCCCGAAGUGAAGAAAUUGUUCGGCCUAUUAAUCGAUUUCUUUACAUUAUCGGUGGAUAUUGAAUUUAAGCCGCCGAUAUGGAAAUAUUACAAGACAAAGAAAUUCAAAAAGUUAAUGGAAACUUUGGAUGGUGUGACAGAUAUUGUCAGUAAAUAUGUGGAGGAGGCAAUUGAAAGGAUUGAAAUUGCCGAAAAGGAGGGUUUAAAAUCCGAUCAGAAAAGUGAGCCAAGUGUGUUGGAGAAAUUAAUAAAAAUUGAUAAAAAGGUUGCCACGGUAAUGGCCAUGGAUAUGCUAAUGGCCGGUAUUGAUACGACCACAUCUGCCUUUACGGCAUUACUUUUGGCCUUGGCAAAAAAUCCAGAGAAACAACAAAAAUUACGUGAAGAAGUUAUGCGUGUUCUACCGCACAAAGAUUCGGAUAUCGAUGAGGUGGCAUUUAGAAAUAUGCCAUACUUAAGGGCAUGCAUCAAAGAAUCUCUACGUGUCUAUGCCUUGGCUAUGGGUAAUGCGCGUAUAUCAACGACGGACAUGAUUAUAAGUGGCUACCGAGUACCAAAAGAUACCCUAAUUAUGAUUGUAUAUUUAUCGUUGAUCAACAAUGAUGGCUACUAUCCGAGAGCUAAAGAAUAUUUACCUGAACGUUGGCUAAGAUCGCCGGAGGGGGAAAAUGCAUUGAAGCCUCGUAGUGCCUUUGUUAAUUUUCCCUUUGGAUUUGGUGUCCGUAGCUGUAUUGGUCGUCGCGUCGUUGAAAUGGAAAUGGAAUUGGGCAUAGCUCGUUUGGUGCGCAAUUUUCACAUUGAAUUUAAUUAUUCGACUGAGAAUGCCUUUAAAACAUUGUUGAUUAGGGUUCCAAAUAUCCCAUUGAAAUUUAAAUUUACCGAUGUUGAAAAUUAAA